AUGAUUAAUGGACCGUGUGGCGCCAUUAACUCACAAUCACCGUGCAUGGUCGACGGCAAGUGUUCCAAGCGUUAUCCACAAAAUUUGACUGUUGAUACCAUCACUGGCAAAGAUAGUUAUCCACUGGCGCAUUGUAACGUGGAGUAUUGCAAUUCAGUGAAGUCCAUCAAGUACAUCUGCAAAUAUGUCACGAAGGGCAGUGACAUGGCGGCUUUUGGUCUUCAAGCUCCUGACCCCAAUGAUGAAAUCACGCGCUAUCAAAUUGGUCGAUACGUAUGCUGCAAUGAGGCGAUUUGGCGUAUAUUCUCAUUUCCCAUUCAUGAACGCUAUCCGAGUGUUACACAUUGGGCAGUGCAUCUGGAGAACGGUCAACGAGUUUAUUUCACCCCAGCAAAUACCGCUCAACGUGCUCAAAACCCACCAGCGACAACAUUGACCAGUUUCUUCUCGAUUUGCCAAAGUGAUCCGUUUACACGUGCGUUACUUUACUCAGAGAUGCCGCGUUAUUACACUUGGAAUGCUUCAUCGAAGAAAUUUCAACGUCGAAAGCAAGGUAAUGUAGUUCCUGGUCAUCCGGAUGUGCGUUCUACUGAAGCUCUUGGCCGUAUUUAUACAGUUCAUCCGAAAAAUGAUGAAUGCUUUUACUUACGACUAUUGCUGGUGAAUGUUCGUGGCCCGACAUCAUUUGAAUCACUUCGAACUGUCAAUGGUGUAGUGCUGCCAACAUUUCGUGUUGCAUGUCAGGAGCUCAAUUUGCAUUCAGAGAAUCCCCAUCUUGAUAUGAAUGAAGAGAUGCACAACCAGGCUUUGGUUUUGAUAGAAGACAUGUGUUACCUCAUGUGCGGCAGUUUGUUAGCCAGGUUAGGAAUGACGUCGCCUGAUCGUGGAGUAAACGACGCUUUCGAACGAGAAUUGCAGCGUGAACGUGAAUACGACACAAAUGCAUUAAGCCAAUUGGUUCGAACGAAUAUACCAUUGUUGAAUCCUCAACAAAAAGAAGUGUACGAUACGGUGAUGAAGGCAAUUGAUGAUGGAAAUGUCGGCAUGAUUUUCCUUGAUUCGCCUGGUGGAACUGGAAAGACAUUCCUCAUAUCAUUGAUUUUGGCUGCAGUUCGUGCAAGAUCAGAAAUUGCUGUAGCAGUUGCUUCUUCUGGAAUAGCGGCAACGAUGUUGGAAGGUUGCCGAACCGCUCAUUCUGCAUUAAAAUUGCCAUUAAACCUGCAAGCGGUUGAAGAACCGACAUGUAACAUAGCGAAACAUUCAGCAAUGGCCAAAGUUUUAAUAGCAAGAAAAAUCAUUAUCUGGGACGAAUGCACAAUGUCGCAUAAACGCGCGUUAGAAGCUCUAAAUCGCACUAUGAAAGAUCUGCGUAAUGACGCAAGACAUUUUGGGAGUUCAUUGAUUUUACUCUCAGGCGAUUUUCGGCAACACUACCAGUAA